UUGAUAUCUUAUCUUUUACCAUUUGCAUAUUGAAAAAGAUAACAAAAAUGCAGUUCUCACAACUAUUUUUGUUCAUUUUCAUGGUUUUAGUAAUUACUUGCAAUGUCUGUGAGUCCCAAAAUUGUGCUAAUCCACCCAAGACCAUUAUUGUUAGUAAGUCAAGCAAAGCAAAUUUUGAAACAAUUCAAAGUGCCAUCGACUCUGUUCCUGAACAAAACUCUCAAUGGAUUCACAUCCAAAUUUCUUCUGGCGUUUACAAAGAACAGGUCCAAGUUCCGAUGAACAAACCAUGCAUUUAUCUAGAAGGAGCUGGUAGCAAAUCCACAAGUAUCGAAUGGGGUGACCAUCUUAAUGCCACUUUCUUUUCUAAAGCAAAUUAUACUAUUGCAAAUGGCAUUACUUUCACGAAUUCACUCAACACACCGGAUCAAAUUGCAAUCACACAAGCUGUGGCAGCUCGAAUUCAUGCAGAUAAAUGUGCUUUCUUUAACUGUGCUUUCUUAGGGGUGCAAGACACCUUAUAUGAUGACUUUGGUCGUCAUUACUACCAUAAUUGCUAUAUUCAAGGUGGGGUUGAUUUCAUAUUUGGAAAUGGUCAAUCAAUCUUUGAGGCAAGCCAAUUAUAUUUUUCAAUGGGAAAAGAUGGUCCCAAAAGGAAUGGGUGUUUUACAGCACAAGAAAGGGAGUCACCAAAUGACACAAGUGGAUUUGUUUUUAAAAAUUGUUCCUUGAACGGGACAGGAGGACAUGCUAUACUAGGGAGAUCUUUAAAGGCUUAUGCAAGAGUCAUCAUAGCAAAUUCAUUCCUAUCAGAUGUGGUAUCACCUGAGGGUUGGAAUGCUCGUACCUUUGUUGGCCAGGAAAAAACAAUUACAUUUGUGGAGGAGGGAAAUUAUGGACCGGGAGCAAAUAAAUCCAAACGUGUGAAUUGGGUGAAGCACUUAAGUGGACAUGAACUUGAUCAAUUCCUCGAUAUCUCAUUUAUUGAUAAAGAAGGGUGGUUUGCAAGAUUGCCAGCCAAGAUCUUCAUUUAAGUUAUUGAUAAAUAAAAAAUUGUAAAAUUAAUUUGCUUGCAACUUUUGAUAUUCUGUUGGGUUGUGUGAUAUCUUUCUAUCCCAAACCUACUUUUAUUAAAAAAAAUAUGUUUCUUUUUAAAUAGAAU